UACAUCACAGUUCGAUUCUAAAAUCAACGUGUUAAAUCGUCCGACCCAUAAUGUUGAAGUUGACCGUUACAGUUUUUUGCUUAGCACUAGCCGCCCAGGCGACCAUCGUGCGUAUUCCACUGAAUAAGCCGAGCCAGAAACGCUCGUUGAAGAAUGUUGGCGCGCAGUUAGCGGUUUUGCGUAGCAAGUACAAUGCCGCUUCUGGCAGAGCCACAGACGAGCAGUUGCACAACUAUUUGGAUGAUUCGUACUAUGGUCCCAUCACGAUUGGUACACCACCACAAAACUUCCAAGUACUCUUCGAUACCGGCUCAUCGAAUUUGUGGGUGCCGAAAGGACCAUGUACCGAUUCCAACCAGGCAUGUCAGAAUCAUAACUCUUAUGACGCUAACAAAUCGAGCACAUAUAAGGCCAAUGGUGAAGCUUUCUCCAUCCAAUACGGUAGUGGCAGUCUUUCUGGUUACUUGGUUGAGGACAAUGUCAACGUCGCAGGCUUAUCUAUAACUGGUCAAACAUUCGCUGUAGCAACAUCGGAGCCAGGCACUACUUUCGUCGAUUCGGAAUUCGAUGGUAUACUUGGCAUGGGUUAUCAACAGAUUUCUAAUGACAAUGUUGUACCACCAUUCUACAAUCUGUUUAAGCAAGGUUUGGUUGCAGAGCCAGUUUUCAGUUUCUAUUUGACACGCGAAGGCACUUCUAGCCAAGGUGGUGUUCUGACUUUGGGCGGUAUUGAUAGUGAUCAUUAUGAGGGCGAGAUCACUUAUGUUCCAGUCUCAUCCAAGGGCUAUUGGCAAUUCAACUUGGACUCGGUAUUUGUCGGAGGUGUUGAAUUCACCAGCGAGGGUUCCGCAAUCGCCGAUACCGGCACCAGUCUCAUUGCUGUACCCUACUACAUCUACCAAGAUUUACAGUACGCUAUUGGUGCUGAACCUGACUACUACGGACAAUACUUUAUCGAUUGCUCUCAAGUUUCUAGCUUGCCGACAGUUUCUUUCGUCCUAUCUGGCAGAACUUUCACUUUGGAGGGUAAGGACUAUAUCGUUGAGGUUACUGGUGAUAGCGGUGAACAAUUGUGCAUGUCUGCUUUCGAAAAUGGCGGUACACCUUUCUGGAUUUUGGGCGAUGUGUUCAUUGGUAAAUACUUUACUGUAUUCGAUUUGGGCAAUAACCGUGUUGGUUUCGCUACGGCUAAAUAAACCAGCUGAAUUGGGUUAAUCGAAAAAUUGAGUUAUGUAAAAUUUUCAAAUAAACAAAAAAAAAAUAUUUAUUUGAAUAAA